CUGGGGAUAAUUCUUUUUUUUAUUGCAUUGCUAUUGCCAGGGUGGACUAAUAUUGAUUUUAUUAACGUUGAACAAGAAAAUGUUCACGUUGCACUUGGAGUUUGGGGAGAAUGGCGAACUGUUAUGAAUGGAACAAUGAGGAGAGCUGAAUGGAUUCCGCAUUUUCCUAAUCCAUCUGAGACUGUACUUCGGUUAGCCGAUGCGGAUUUAAAACAUUAUUAUCGCUCACAGAUGGUAAUUGGUAUUAUUGCGCUGGUGUUGAUGGUUGCUAACAACUGUUUAGCAAUUUAUUCAUUUUAUCACCAUAGAUAUAUGUAUAAACGACUUACAGCUUGCCUUCAUAUCGUUAUUGCAAUGUGUAUUGUAAUUGUUAUCGAGGUGCUUUCUAAAAGCAUUAACGAGUGGAAUUUGUCGGUGGCGCAACAAUCAGUGGAUCGCGACUGGGACUACUCAGUUGGACAAACAACUGGUUAUCCAUCAUAUAUGGCUUAUGCAUGUGUUUUCAUAUAUAUUUUUGCAGCCAUAGCUUUUGCUGUGAGCUCACAUAAACAGAAAGGAUCUCGGGCAGCAACUGCUGAAUUUGAAAUUGAAGAUAGACCAAUUCAUAUCGGAAGAUGA